UGAACCAAGGAGGCAGCAGAAGCAGCACACCGAGCAUCGAUGCGCGAAUCCCAUUACAUCAUUUUGUCUGGAUCUGAUUUGCUGAAGGUCAGAGCUUUCAAUACAGCACGGUUUUCCAUCAAUCCAGUUUAUUUCGUAAUUUUCUCUCGUUUAACAGAUCCCUAGCAGCGCUUCUCAAACCCUUGAAGCUAAUAAUACAAAGCAUCAGGAUGGCUGAGAGCGACGCAGGAACCCCGAGCACCCCUGCAGAGUUUGAGAGCAAAUACUUUGAAUACAAUGGAGUGAGGCUCCCUCCCUUUUGCAGGGGAAAGAUGGAGGAGAUUGCUAACUUCUCUUUAAGGAGUAGUGACAUAUGGAUUGUCACGUACCCCAAAUCAGGUACAAGUCUGCUCCAGGAGGUGGUGUAUCUGGUGAGUCAGGGCGUGGACCCAGAUGAGAUUGGACUGAUGAACAUCGAUGAGCAGCUUCCUGUUCUGGAGUACCCUCAGCCUGGACUUGACAUCAUCCAGGAGCUGACAUCCCCUCGUCUAAUUAAAAGUCAUCUGCCAUAUCGGUUCCUCCCCACAGCCUUGCACAAUGGAGAGUCUAAGAUGAUAUACAUGGCGAGGAAUCCCAAAGAUCUUGUGGUAUCUUACUACCAAUUUCAUCGUUCCUUGCGGACCAUGAGUUACAGAGGAACAUUUCAGGAGUUCUGCCGGAGGUUUAUGAAUGACAAAUUGGGCUAUGGGUCCUGGUUCGAGCAUGUCCAGGAAUUCUGGGAGCACCGCAUGGAUUCCAACCUCCUUUUCUUGAAAUAUGAAGAUAUGUACAAGGACCUUGCGACUCUGGUAGAGCAGCUGGCGAGGUUCCUGGGAGUUUCCUGUGACAAGGCCCAGCUCGAGACGAUGGUAGAGAACUGCCACCAGCUUAUUGAACAAUGCAGCAAUUCUGAGGCUCUCUCCAUCUGUAGGGGACGAGUUGGCCUUUGGAAAGAUGUCUUCACUGUAUCGAUGAAUGAGAAGUUCGACACAGUUUACAAACAGAAGAUGGGGAAGUCAGACCUCAACUUUGAAUUCAGCUUAUAAAGAGGCCACUCUGCAUGUACUUUCUGCUCUCUCAAUCCCACAUGUAAAGCUUUCAAACUGCUCUACAAAGCUGCUGGAUCAACUAGCUAUUCCAUUAAUAAUAUAACAGCACUCAGAUUUAAAUAGAAACUUCUGCAUCUUCACUUGCUGUUUUAUCUUUCUGUAUAACCCUUCAACUUUCUAUUAUAUACAUAUAUGAUAAACCAUAAUCACAAAGCCUUGUGUAAACCAAUGACACUGCCCUGAAUAAAAUUCCCUCAAGGUAACUUAUGUGGUGUACUUGGUAUCCACCUGUAAAAGGUAAACCAGAACCAAAAAAAGACAUUAUUAUCUUAGUCGUGUCAGAAGAAUCUCAGGGUUCAGCUGUUGCAGUAAAAGUCAGACCACCCAGGUUCAAAUCAUGUGACAAUCACAAUCAACAGUACAAUGAGAACCUGUACCAAUGUCUGUUUCAUCUUAAAAAGAGUGAUAACCUAGGCUUUUAAAAUGCAUUUUCUUACAUCUUAUCAAAACUGGCAACUCUAUAUCCCAGUAACCCUUUUUGUUGUGUCAUUGGCCUUUUAUAAGUUUUUCUUUUAACUUUUAUUUUGGAUGAUCAAUGCCGCAGUAUAGAUUUAGAAAUGUUAGGCUGCUGUUACCUGGUAAUGCUUUUUCUCAACAGACUGAUGAUGUACCAGAAUGAGGCUGGGAACAUGGGAGUGGGAUAAAGAUGCAAGGUCACGGAAGUGAAGUAAUACUGAAUCAGGAAUCAGUGAUUUAGGCUUUCUGAUUGUAUAGUGUUGUGCUUGAAAGAUCAGCAAAUUCUCAAUUAAAGUGAAAAAAUAAAACCAAAGAAUAACACAAAGAACUUCAGUGCAACAAACAAACCACGAUAAUGUUGCUAAAAACGAGGCUAUGACUCCUUUAAAGCAACUUAAUUGCCUUUGAAGCUGUAUGUUAUUCUUGGACACCAGCAUAUAGGACAGCAGUAAGGUUUGCAUCCCUCGCCUGGCAGUCAACAGAUGCACAUCCUCAGCUGACACUUCUCUGAAUGUCUGGGGAAACACAAAAAUACCGUCUCAUGUGUUUCACUUUUGAGUUUCAUUCAUGUACCCAAAAAAAUUAAUUGAAGAAAAAAAUCCAGAAGGGUUUAAGUCACAAUAGCCUUUAUAAUCUGAGUGUUGGUGCCUAGAUCAAUCACCUUAAGGCUUAAUACAGCCAUGUUUUAUUACCAGCAUUACCAAAAUAAUAAAACCAACACACAGGUUUAAACCAGUGUAGAUUAAAAAAAAAAAAAAACUGCAGAGGCAAUCCAUUCCACUCCUGCAUUAAACAUUGGCACAGGUGGCCUGGAGGGUCAAACCUGCCACCAUUGCUGCGCAGUUAUACACUUUUGAAUGUUUUUAGUGUUGUGUGGAUGUAUAAAGCUAAUGUACAUGUACAUGCUGUAAAUGGUGGUUCACAUAGCAUGGCUCUGCUUAACAUCCUGGCUUUGUCUGCUAUGCAGUCUAUUUUACUGGCUGUCUUGUUCAGGUAGUAUUUUUAUAUUCUUUGGUUAAUGUAUAAAUGCUAAGCACCUGUAAUUUCCAUGCUUCCUUCCUAAUUUAGUAAUAAAGAUAUGU